GCUGAUCGUCAUUCGUCAACUAUGCGCCACGCGUUGACAACACAGCACGAGUUUCACCUUGUUGUGGACCCAGUUGCAGACGAAGAUAAGAGCAGCAACAACCAGACCGGCCUGAGAUGCCCAAAUACUGUUCAGUCCCGAACUGUAAGAGCGACUCCGGGAGCGGCAGCGACAGGAGAAGCUUUUACAAGUUCCCUCUACAGGACCCGGACCGGCUGCAGCAGUGGCUCAGGAACAUGGGACGUGAGAACUGGAUUCCAUCUCGACACCAGUACAUCUGCCACGAACAUUUUGCACCCUCGUGCUUUAAGGUGCGAUGGGGGAUCCGUUACCUUGAGAGCGACGCAGUGCCCACAGUCUUCCAGAAGGCCGAGAAACGUAAAGCCAUGGAUCACAGCGAGAAGAAACCAAAAGUGCUUCGAGCUAACGGUAAUCAAAGCAUAAUGGUGUCGGAUGACAGGACGGCGGCUAACGAUGCUGCAGAUACGGAAAGUACGUUGCACACGGUGCAUCUGUAUGAGAUCACUGUCGACUCAGCGCAGCAGGGAGAAACCGGCCUGGUGGAGUCGAGUCAUGUUGAAGAGUCUGACAGAUCUAUCCAGACGGACCUGAACCAGUGGGCUUCAGUAAAUGGAUUCAACACGGGGGCAAAUUUCCCAUUAACUUUAAUCCAGUCAGUAGAUGAUCUGAGUGACAGUGGGGAGAACACGGAGGUGGUGGUGAUGUCCGAAUGUGCUGCUGGUGAGGGGCAAGAGGAGCUUGUGAACGGGAUCACUGCUGCCAUUUUAACUCAGGGCCAACGGCUGGUGGUGAAUGACACCGCGCUUGGCUGCACAGAUGAGUCUGCGGCUUCUCUCUGUGUCGAAGAUGUGACUUGUACGACGGAGGAGUUCUCAGACAUCCACGAAGGCCACGAAACGCAAGUCAUCGCCUACUUCGAGACGAUACCAAACGUUUUCCCCUCUGAAACAUCUCAGUUCACCUUCUCCCCGAACACGGUGCUGUCGUCGGCGCUGAGCUCCAAGCCCAUCACGUCGACUCUGCCUAUAGUGUCCAAACACGUGUCGCCGUCACCCACGUCCCUGGUCCUCACCGUGGAGAGACUCGACACAGAGGGGGAAGAGGGAGACGACUGCAGGCCAGAGGAGGAUGGCACAGAGAGACAGGAUCACCAGCUGGAGGAGCACUGCUACCAUAAGAACAGUUUGAGUAAGGAGCAGCUGGAGGCCAUCGUGGCCGAGCUGCAGAAAAAGGUAAAAGUGCUGCAGCAGCGACACCGCCGGCACCUGGAGAAACUUCUGGGACUGGAGAACACAGUCAGCCAGCUGAGACAGAACAACCUGCUGAAUGAGGAGCGACUGCAGCUGCUUGAGAGGGCUUACAUACAGACCAGCGCAGCCGUUUCAGACGCCGAUGAGACUGUAGCCAUCAUCUACGAAGAAGAUGACGCUGCAUAUUUUUACACUCCACUGAACGACACAGAGGAAAAGCUGUGAGGACCCGACUGACUGCGUCUGUCUCAUCUCUCUGUGUGUGUGUGUCUGUUGGCUGCCUACGGUGCCAAAAAAUGUAGUGACGUGGCCAAUACUGUUAAAAACAAAAUGCUACCUAAUUUAGUUUUGUUUUUUUUCUUCUGAUAACUGAAUGAAAUCUGUGUAUGAAAUGAGGGAGUUUGGUAGUUAACAUGCUGUGAGCUUUGCACAAAUAUGGAUGAGUAAUUUAGGACAAUGUUGAAUGUGUUUUUUAAGGUUUUCACCCUUCUUUCCUCCAACCACUUUUUUUGUUUGUGAUAAUGUACAUAUGAAAUUAAAAAUAACUUCUGUUUA